AUUUUUACCUUGUUGUGGCGCGUUUUUCUAAACAAUUGUGUGCAAUAUAAGUAGCAAUAUUGUGCCGAAAACCCCUGCAGGCCAUGGAUAAGUUCUUGCAGCGCAAUCCCCCAUGGGCAACAAAGGCCUACGAGGUGCCCGGCGCCAACGCGGAAGAGAAAAAGCUGACAACGCAGCACGCUGGGCCACCACAGCGGCGUCCAUUGCAAGAGCAGCAGCCUGAAUCGAAUGUAACCCCCAAGCGUCUCAGUCAGCCCCACUAUGCAGCAGACACGUUGCGGGCCACGGACAAGAUGCCAGAAGUAAAUGCUAGUCCAGCAAAAACGUACCAGCCAUGUCCCGUGCUCCAGGCCGUACCGCCUUCGAAUGGUGUGACAACGCCCACAUCCAUGCAGGCCGGACGCUUGGCUCGCCUGCAGAAUGACCUCAACAGUCCCAGCGCCACACUUCGAGUGCGUGCCAUGCGCGCUCUAAAAAGUCCCGCCAACACAGCCUACAAUGUGUUUGAUGUGUCGCACACCGAACAGAAUAUCAUCUCUGCCGACGAGCGUAAUCCCAAGGCAUCGCCUUCGCUGCCAGAGAUCCUCAGCCCCGUUGUGGUCUAUGUGGAGGUGCGCAGCGGCAAUGACAAUCGUUCGGAUGGUGUCAAGACAAUCAUAGCCAAAAUGGGUGCCCAGGUCAACGAUCGUCUGCUGCGCAACACGACGCAUGUGGUCUUCAAGGAUGGUCUACUCUCGACCUACAAAAAGGCCAUGGAGUGGAAAAUACCCGUCGUUUCCAUACUGUGGAUUGAGGCCUGCAAGGUGCAACGAAGGAUUUGCGAACCCGAAAAGUUUCCCAUCAGCAAUUUGCACAAAUAUGAGUAUCCCGAGCUGUACGGCAAGAUAACGCGUGUUCGGUGCAUGCAACCAGGCUCGGAGCUUAACAAACGUCCACCAAAACGGCCAGCAACGCCCACAUCAACCACCGACAAAGGCCCAGCAUCGGACAGCAAGCGAACUGCUUUUGCUACGCCCACUAACACGGCGAAGAAUGAAAUCAGUCAUUUCUUCAAGGCACUCAACCACAACAAGCAACUGGCUGCGGAAGAGGCGGCCGAGUCGCCUGCCACUAAACUACUUAACAGGAUAUCCAAUGGCAACUAUACGCCACUGCGUCUGGGCACGCCUGCCAAGCCAGCUGGCAGUGGAAUACAAGAUCCAGAUAUACCUCAGAAGAGUGGCGACACCUCCAACGACAAACCGCAGGCCCAGAAGAGUUUGAACUUUAAUGGGGCAACUGGCACCGAUGAGCCGCUGCGGCCUGCCAAGCCACGACCCCGCCGUAGCACAGCAGAGCCCACGCCAGUGACCACACCGGUACGCACCAGUCGCCGACGCAGCUCAGCUCAUAUUCCCAUGACUAGCAAAGAGGACGUAGCUCAGCCUGCCGCCGAGCCAGAGCCAGAGCCACGAAUGUCUCGCCGACGCAGUACGGCGCAUAUUGCAAUGGCCAGCAAUGAGGUUGCUACUCCGCCUCGAGAGCCACGUCCGCUGCGUCGCUGCAGCUCAGCUCAUAUUCACAUGGCAAGCAGUACGGAUGCUGCUGCAGAGCCAGAGCCACAGCUGAAGCGUCGCCGCAGCUCAGCGCACACUGCCAUGGCCAGCAAUACGGUUGCUGCUCCAUCCCCGCAGCCAGAGUCAAGAGUGACACGUCGUCGCAGCUUAUUGCUUCCGGCUGCCAAGGACCCCCAGGAACUGGCACCGAAAAAUGUAUUUGCCUCAAUUGCCGAGGAGCUGGCUCCCGUAGAUGAACCUGCUGGGGAUGCUAUCAACUUGAAGGAUCCCAACAAGACCAAUUUCGUACAAAAUUCGCUGGAGAUGAGCGUUGAAAUGCCGUCGCAAGUUCUACAUCGGGAGGAGAAGCGCGGCACCCUGUACACCUCGGAGCGUAUGGACAUAAGCAAGGAAUACCAAGACCAGAACGUGCCGCUUAAUGUGACUGCCAGGAAAUCGCUGUACAAUUCAACUAUGCAAACGUCUGGACUCUUGGAUGAGCACUCGACACCGCCGCUGUUCAGCUCGACUCGACUGACCAGCAGCAGGUUCAGCACUAAUGUGAAACGAAGGCGCACCAUCUUCAACUUGGACAUGGACGUGAUCAACGAGGGCAUUGACAGAUUGAACUCGUCUCAUCGACUGUCGCUGGUGCUGGCCAGUCAGGCCGAGCUGGGUGAGUGCGGCAAGUCAGUUGUGACGACGGAAGUACCUCGGGCGGAGGAGAAUCCCCCGAGUGAACCAAAGAGACGUCGCCUAUUCACGCCCAACGAAGUGGUUGUGAUCUCACCCCCAAAGUCAAGUAAAAAACAGCGUAUAAGCCUGAGUGGCAACAGUGCAACCAAAAAUGCAUCUGCAAAGAAAAAUCGUCGUCGUUCAUUGGCCGUUCCCGUCUGUUCUUCGUCGGACUUUAGCUGUCUUGGUGCUCAUGUUGAACAUGUAGAAAGCACCGAACAAUUUCUCACACCCGAAGCAUCCGUAGAUGGCUUCAACGACAUUGAAACUUCCUCGAAAAUGCAAGUAGCUGAAGUUGCAAAAUCGGCAAGCAGCAAUCGCCGUUCCAGUGUGAUUCGUACGCUGGUGCACACGAACAUGCAUCAUGUGCAGGUGCAGGUGAUUCAAAAGGCCGUACGGAGAUUGCGUGGAAUGCGGCUGGAUCCCACUGUGACCAAGCGUACCACUCACUUGGUCAGCCUGGAGCCGCGCCGCACACUGAAUCUCCUGCGCGGACUCAUGCGAGGCGUCUGGAUUGUCGACUAUGACUGGAUCCUGGAGUCGCUGCGAGUCGGCAAAUGGGUAAACGAAGAAAAAUACGAGCUUAAAAAAUUCUCACGUGCCGUUGAGAUUUGCCGCACUGAGCGCCAGGCCUUUGGCAUGCACUACCACUGCGAGCUCUUCCGCUACAUGGAAACCUUCUAUGUGUCCUCCCUAUGCCGGCCCAUAGAGUUCAACAACAUAAAGGAGCUGCUGUUGCUGGGCGGCGCCAAGCUAACCGAGAAUCGCUUCAAGGCAAAGUACAUUAUUGGUGACAAGCGACGAGCAGUGGACGAUCGAAUUUAUCUGACUCCCUACUGGGUGCUGGAUAGCAUCACAUCCAUGCAAAUCCAAAAGUUUGGCAAAUACCUAAUGAAGAGUGCCAUUGUAACGCCCAGUGGCAUUAGGUACGAGGAUCCAAUGGCGCGUCUAACUGCCCCAAGGAAAGAUUAUAACUUCAUUGAUCCACCACUGGUGAUGGACAAAUAGGUCGACGCUUUCUGUUCUACCUUCUUCAGACGAACGAAGUUACACAACGUUAUUAUAUUUAGUCUAGACCACAUAUUGUUAAGCAGUUUUUCUAGAGAAUUGACAAUACAUACAAUCAGAAAUAGACGCAGAAUAAUAAACCAUAAUUUAUUUGAA